GCAUGGCGGCAUCAUUCAAACACGUUUCCCCUUCGCUUUGAAGAAGUGCUCCAUUCAGCUCUCCUUUGUGUUUUUGAAGCAGUACUAGAGCUGUACCUUUGCUCAUUAUGAAAAGCAUCGUGUACUGGUAUACAUCAGAGGUUUUCAAAUGGAGGACAGGUGCAGCAGUUGCUUGGCUCUUGAUUCUCCUUCCAACGCUGGUUUCCAUCUACAUCACUGCAGCUAACUUCUGUAUACUGCAUCCUUUUCUCUGGAUAUCUAGUACCUUUGGAUGUAUCUUGAAGCUGUCUACAUGGGGCUAUAUUAUCCUGCUGUCAGUGCUCACAGCAUUAACUGUAAUAUGUGAUUCUGCAUACUAUACAGUCCAAGGCAAUGUUAUAGGAAACAGGGCAGGGUAUCUGUGGACUCUGGUCCAGCUUUCCCAUGUAUUCCAUGGAGCUGUCCAUGCUGUGGCAGGGGGAGUCAUCACUUGGUGCUGUGUACAGAUAGUGGGAGGUGGCUACCAGGGCCUCUCUCUACAGUGUGAGCCAGCAAGGACUUCUGCCUGUCUGAAUGAACAUCACCUCUUCAUUGUCUUUCAUGGAGUAUAUGCAGGAUACUUCUAUUCUGUGACCUUCUUUUUGCAGAACAAGAAUUACUUAGAAUUCCCUGUUAUACAGCAAGCCAAAUUUUUCCAAGUAAAAUCUGGCAUAAGUCCACAGUUAUUGGAAUCCACAGUUACAACACUAAAGCUGAUGCGUUUUUACUACUUAGGAUAUUUUCUCAUAGGUGCAAUACCAAAGGAGUGGAUAAUUUAUACUUUAAAUCUUGAAAAGAGUCCUGCUGCCCCUCUGAACUCUGUAUUUGGUCUGCUGGACAUUUCUCUGUUCUGGCAAACCUUGGUGACUGGUGUGUUCCUGCAUUUUGUAUGGAGCUUAGGAGUGGUUCUCUUCAAAGCAUACAAUACUGAGCCUUUACAAUUACCCAUAGAGUCUUCUUUUGGAGAAGAAAGCAGCAGAUGUCUCCAUCAUGCCCUGUCUUGUAAACUGUCCAUUUUACAGUAUUUGGGUUACCUAGACUUGUAUUUGCUGUCCAAGUUCUCAAAAGAAAGAAGAAAGCAGAUUUAUAGCCUCAGUCAGCCAGGUGGUCACCCCCACAACUGGACCAGCCUAUGUACACAGUGCUUGACCAGUAUAGAUGCCUUGACCAGUGCAGUGAGGCAGCACAAUGAUAACACAGUGGGCAAUGGGGCCCUCCCAUUAAGACAGCCCAGUGGAGAGAGAGCAACCAACAGAGAUAAAGGAAACUUUUUGGGUUUUAACCCUGCUAUGACUUCGAUACGGAAUCAUACUUCCCAUGUGUCACGAGGUAUUGCAUGUACCUGUAUGUUAUAGCUUACUAUGCUGCCUUGUCUUCCUGGGGUGAUACAUUGCCUGUUUGUUUGUAUUUAUAUACCCUAGCUUGAUACCUUGAUAA